AAUUGAAACAAACCACAGAGCGCAGAUUCCAGAAUGAACAAAGACAACUCCAGCAUGAACAUGGAUCCCCAGCUGGCCCUGCGCCUGCUGGCGGAUGGCGCAGUCCUGGUCAUAGCCGGCGUACCAGUGGGCACAGAGUUUGGCAUUGAUUUGUGCGCCUACACGAUUGGACCGGAAUUCAGAGGCGUCAAGAUGAUACCGCCUGGCGUCCACUAUGUGUGGUGUGCCUCCCAGGGACUCUAUGGAGAUGCGGCACCGCGUGUCGGAUUUGUACACUUCUUUCAUCCCAACGAGAUUCUUGUGCGCGAGUGGGACAACGACCUCGAGGAGCUUCGACCGCGACAGAUUGCCGAGCCAGAGGUGGAGCGGGAACGUAUACGAAAGAACCUGGUCCAGCUGGAGAAGAUGCUGGCUGCCUACGACUACCGCCAUGUCUGCGCGUGGAAGGAUCUCACAGGCAGCGUGACAGAGCCGUGCGUGGAUCGUUGCCGCCCUACAUUGGGCACCAUACGCACCAACGUUGAGCUCCAGUCCUGCCCAGAUGCCGACAGGCCACGAGGGGAGCCAGGUGCCGCAUCCAGUAGCGGCAGGAAGCGCAAUGCUGCCGUCAGGCUGCUCCUGGACGAGAGCGAACUCCUGCCCAACCUCAAGCCCGUGGAGGGAACAGCACCGCGCUUCAGUGCGUUACCGCUACGCGUCCCACACGAUUCCCUGCCAGCGGAUGUGUCACGUCACGCCAUGGACUGCAUUGCAGCUGUGGAUGACCUGAUCGACAGAUUCGGUUCUUCCGAUGCCCUGAUCGAGGAGCUGCAACUGGCUUACGUGUUCUUUCUGGUCGGCUACUCAGUGGAGUCGCUGGCCCACUGGCGCAAGCUGCUUGGCCUGCUGGCCCACUCGGAAGCGGCGGUGUCGAAGCACAAACUAACCUACAUGAAGUACAGCGAGGUUCUGGCACACCAGCUGCCCUACCUUCCGGAGGAACUGAUGGUUCCCAGCCCCCACAACAGCGUCUUUAAGGAUGUGCGAGAGCUUCUGGUGAAUCUGCACGAGGGCGGUCUGAGCGUCAGUGCCGAGCGUCUGAAGAAGCGGCUUGAGAAUAAGCUGGGUUGGUAUUUUGAGGGACUGCUCGACGAAGACCCCGAGGACCAACCUCUGAUCAUAGAACUCCCUGAGGCCCAGGAAUCUCCCAUUGGCAUGUAAACGUCUUUUGUAAGCCUAUAUUUGCAAUAUACGGACUGAAAUUUGA